CUUAAUAGCAUGAUGAGCUUAUGGUCUUACGCAUGCACAGUGUCACCAUAUGUGUUUGUGUGUGAGGCUGGACAUUCUGUGUCUCAGUCACUGGGAUCGUCUCGGCUGUGGUGAAACUCAACAAUACAGAUUUAAAAGACUUGAAGAAGAUAUUUUAAGGGAUGAUCAAAGAAGCGGCAAGGGAAUGACAUGAUACGCAGGAAAGACAUUUAUGUUUUCUGAGACACUUUUAAACCCACGGUAAUAAAAUUUAUCAAAAGAAAAGGAAUACACCAACAUGGGCUGUUCACCAUCUAAAGGUCAACUCUUCAGUAGAAAAGAUCCAGCAACUGCACCACAAGAACUGCUCUCAAAUACGCCUUCAGAACAAUUGGCAGAUAAAGAGACACAGGACAACACAGUAACCAUAAUAGGUAAGAGAUCCUCAGAAGAUUAUGUGGUUUGUGAUGCUGCUGUGAGAGUCGAAGAAGAUGGUCCUCAAGAUGACGUAGAUGUGGUCCAGAAAGGAGGUCCUCGGAAUGAACAGAUUGCACAAGAGGGCCUCUUAGGGAACAUGAAAGAAGGCAAAGAAGAAAUAAAGACAACAGAUAAGCAAGCAAAACCGAGGAUGCAAAGAAAACAUAGGCACAGAAAAACCUCAAAUGUGCAGGACAAAACAGAAUUCAUAUUAAAAGCACACCAGGCAGCCUAUGCUUAUUUAAACCCCAGCAUAUCCAGAUACGAGUCGCUUUUAGGGCUUUUGGACCAGGCGGCUCAGACCCGCUUAUCUUUGCAGACCACGGUGGCUUCAGUAGUCUUGCAUUAUGAAGAAAUCAACCAGGCUUUGGAGGAAAUGGCGGCUGAAGGUGAGCAGAUGUUGUGCGAACAAGGACACUAUAUGGCAUCACAUUGCCCGCCUACAGCAACCAAACCCAACAAUGAGCUGAACGUUUCUGAGGUUCCUUUUGAAUUGCUGCAGCAAAUGCUUCUUAACUCCACACAGAAAAUGAUCUCUGUGGGAGACUCUGUGAGAUGCCUGGGUGACUCGGCCUUACAAGAACUAGCUGAUUACUUUGCUUCCCUGUCUCAGUUGUUAGGAGAGAAGCUGCAGGCUAAGCACAUGGCAGAGGGGCGCUUAAAGCAGAUUUUGACUCGUGUUGAAGCUGCUGCUCUCAAAAAGUCCAGUCCUGAAGAUUGUACCCUGCACAGUGAGGACAGUGGCAUAGGUGCAGAAAAUGAGUGUCAGAUUGGCUCAGAACGCCUCCGUUGCCAUCGAAGUAGUUCCGGAUCAGGAUCAAAUGUGGCUGCAACAUUUGUUUGUACCACAAGUAGCUCCCCUGAUAAGCAGUUUCUAAAUGGCAACGAGGAAGCUACAGAUAAUGAUGACUAUGACUAUGUGGAUGACGAUGAUGAUGAUGCAGAAGUUAAGGAUGUCAGUGUUAGAGAUGAGCAGACGAUUGAGAAAACAAGGGGUACGAUAUGUGGUUCUUCUGAUGCAGGCUCCAGUCAUCCUCUAGUUAAGAAUGGGCUUCAACUCUAUGACCAAAACAACAGUAACUUAAAGAAGAAAACCAGACGACCAAAAACUGCAGACAGCAGCUGUCAGAUGAAGCCAAAGCACUGCCACUUAAGGGGACCAAAGCGUUCACAAUCCACUGAGUGUUUAUGUAGCAAAAGAGAAGACUUUGAUAUAAAUGUGCAACAGAGAAUAAACAAACAAACUCUUGAGGGGGUUUUGACAAGUAAGAGUUUGCCUAGAGAGCUUAAAAGUCAUGUUCGUUCAAAGAUAAGAAAACCAUUAACUGAAGGACAGAAUGCAACCAGGUACUAUGGGCUUCAGUAUGGUAGCAAAGGGCCAUCUAGAGCAAUGCCACCUAACUCUCCUCCAACAUUUACUCCACAACCACCUGGCCGAAAUGCUGUCAAGAGGCUCAUUAAUACUUUUAGCCAAAGGGUCGAUGGCAGUUCCACACAAGGUCCUUUAGAUCAAAAACCAAUGAAAGUCAAAAGUAACAGGAAAUGCGUCCUUCCGUUGCUGUCAAACAGCAGAGGUGAUACAAGCAUCCAUCCACCUGAGGCCAGACUGGCAGACCGAGCUGAGCAUGUGGAUUUAGACAGUCUUCCUCCUCCACCCCCAGAGAUGCUGAUGGACAACUCUUUUGAAAGAAGUGUGGGCUUGGCAUCUAAGGAGGGGACUCAUGGGUCACAGUGUACACAGCACCACGAUUCACUGCAAAGAGAGACUGUGACCCCCAAAGGGGCUAACAUGCAACAAGACUCCAUGACUUACUCAGCCACUCAUUUUUUGGGGCAAGAUGCCUUGGUGGGUUCCUGCACUGAACAAGAUUACAAGCAAACGGUUGAGCUGGAGUCAGCAGCCUCCCUCAAGCAGGAUUUCCGAAAGGUUGUUCAUCUGCCAUGCCUACUUGCUGAGUCCACUGCCAAGAUAGGCCUAGCUAAUGGAAGUACACACAGAUCUCAACCACAUCAAGAAUGCGAUGAUCACAUGGAGGGUUAUGCCACAACUCUGCAAUCAAAGUUUUUUCCACCUACGACUCCGCCUGUCUCCAGAACACGACUUCCACCUUCUUGUGCCGUUGUGCACCAUGCAGUGCCAAGUCCUCCAUCUGCAUCCACAAAACCAGCCAUCACUAGUAUACAUAGUUGGGUCAUGGCAAAAGAAAAUGACGCUCAGGUUAUAAGUUCGCAAUCAGUUUCUGAAGCUCGGGCAGCAUUCUGUCAGGACAACCAAUCAGUCCCUCAUACAUGGACAUCUUCAUGUACUUCUACAUUACCACGGCCAUGGGGCGAACCUGCCAGAAGGAGACUGCCAACGGCUUGUCUUCAACCCUCUUUUAUCAGACGUAGUCCCUCAGGUCAGAGGUCAUCAUACAGUGAGCAGCAACAACCAUUCCCUGAUGCCAAGCAACAACAGGUUCAAGGCAGUGAUGUCACAGCUUUGACAAGUGAUGGGACUCACAUUGUCUCCAUAUUACCAAAAGGCACAGAUCUGGAGCCAUAUAAUGCCAAUCUAAACACACACACCAUGUUAGAGGAUGAAGAUUAGCUGGAUUCAUCUUAUGAAUGGAAAACCUUUUCCAAUAAAUUUCAACAACAUGCACCACACACAAAACAAUUUAUAGAACAGGGUUAUAUUUAGUUCUGGUUCUGUAGGGUCAGUGUCCUACAGAGUUCAGCUUUAACCCUAAAUCAACACACCUGAAGAAGCUCAUGGAAGUCAACAGGAUUAUUUGAAAAAGACAGGCAGGUGUGUUGGAUUAGGGUUGAAACUAAACUUUGUAGGACAUUGAAUAGCACUGUUAUAGAAUUCAUAAUAAACUCUUUUAAUCUGUUAUUCUUUUUAAAUGCACACACCAUUUCCAGUCUAAUGCCUACAGUAAGUACCUUAUAAGUAUUGUAAAUGGGCUAGUAAGAUAGUUAUGUAUUACUAACUGUAAUCAAUUAAUCUAAUUUGUCAAUUAAUUGUAGGCUCAUAUGCAAGCAAGGGCCACAUGCAACACAUGUAACAAAACCAUAUAAGAUCACAUCCUGGAUUUUUGGUUUAAAUAAAUCAAAGUUGUACAUACACUACCGAUGAAAUGUUUAGGGUCAAUUACUCAUUCUUUAUUAAUACUUUUCAACAUUUUAGAAUCAAGUAUUUAAAGCUGUGGAACGACACAAGUAUAUCAAUGAGAGUUAUGUAACUAUAAAACCCCAAAUUUUUAUAUAAAAUAUAUUACUGUUUUAGAAUAUUCAAAGGAAUCACUUUAUUGCCAAGAAUUUGCAGAAAUGUUGUUAUAUUUUUUAAUAUUUACUCAUUCUGUGAUGCUUUUCAAACAACAGAAGUUCCUAUUAUUCUCGAGUCUUAUUGUCUACUUUCUCUAUUUAAUUAAUUAAAAAUAAAACAUUUUAGUAACACUUUACAAUAAGGUUCAUUAGUUAACAUUAGUAAUAAUAAAGAACUGCACUUAUACAGCAUUUAUUAAUCUUUGUUAAUGUUAAUUUCAACAAUUAAUAAUACUUUUUUAAAAUCUUGUUAACAUUAGUUAAUGCACCAUGAACUAACAUGAACAAACAAUUAAAAGCUUUAUUUCUAUUAACUAACAUUAACAAAGAUUAAUAAAUACUGUAAUGUAUUGCUCAUGGUUUGUUCAUGUUAGUUAAUACAUUAACUAAUGUUAACUAAUGAACCUUAUUGUAAAGUGUUACCAACAUUUUAACAUGUAUGCAUUUGGCAGACACUUUCAUCCCAAGCGACCACACAGUACAAGCCAAGGUAUACGUUUGUGCAUUUCUAUAUUUAUAUAAAUAUUUACAGCACAAUUAAAAUGUAAUGUUAGCCUGCAGCAUGUCACAAUAAUUGCAUUGUGUUUUUUAUUUUAAAUGUUGGUCUGCAUUCAUUGGUGUUAAAAAAUACUUGUGACCCCUGCAGAUUUCUGAAUAAACUGAUUGUAAAAUGUGAUGUGAACACAGCAUUUUAAAUACUUAAUAGUUGUAAGGCAUUGAAUAGAUGAGUUUAGUGUAUUGUAAAGAUCCAAACUGGAAUUUGGUAUGGCUGUCAAAAUACAAAAACACAAUUUGGUGACUUGCUCAUGAUGAAAUGCUUCUGAUAAAUGAUAUACUGUAUGGCAUUACUAGUUAACGUCACUAUAGUGACACCUGCUGGCUAAAGAAUGUAGUCACAUGAAAGAUUGUUAAAUCUCACGUCCCUGAGGAAUGAUGUAAUGGACUCUUGGAACCGUUUCAACUUAUUAAAGUGACCUUUUUGAUGUGAAUAAA